AACAAAAAGCCGUUCGUCCUCACUCGGGCUCACUCGUUGAUUUCCGCUCACCGUCGGCAGUGAAACAUGGCGAACGUCUGCUUACGAAAGUCCGCGUCCUUGCUGUUAUUAUUUAGCAGAAGGUUGUUCACACCGGAGCGGACCGCUGUCUGCUUGUAUCACAAAAAGGUGGUGGACCACUAUGAAAACCCCAGAAAUGUGGGCUCUCUGGACAAAAACUCCAAGAAUGUGGGGACUGGGUUGGUGGGUGCACCAGCCUGUGGAGAUGUAAUGAAACUACAGAUCGAGGUGGAUGAAAAUGGAAAGAUAGUGGAUGCUAAAUUCAAAACAUUUGGCUGCGGAUCAGCUAUUGCCUCCAGCUCUCUAGCAACAGAGUGGGUGAAGGGAAAGACGGUUGAUGACGCCUUGAAGAUCAGGAACACAGACAUUGCCAAAGAACUCUGCCUUCCUCCAGUCAAGCUUCACUGCUCCAUGCUCGCAGAAGACGCCAUAAAAGCAGCGCUGUCAGACUACAGACUUAAACAACAGGACAAGAAGGAGGAACGAGCCAAAGCCAGCAGUUAAUAUGUUUCAUCCACUAUUGGGUGUUCAACUUGAUAUAUCGGCUCCAGCUCAUGUCUCAAAGCAGCGCAGUGCUGUGGGGAAGAUGACUUACCGUAACGCUACAUCAGGUCUUACAUCCUUCAGAGAGUUCAGGGAGCUUUAGGCAUGUUAUAGAUCUCCGUGGCUGUGGGAUCAGUGCCUUGAUUCAAGCAGUGAUUCCAAUAUUCUUAAAGUGCCAGACGUUAAUGGUGUUUAUGUUUUCAUUUGUUUCUCAUGAGGUGAUUAGAAAUGUUGAAUUGAUGCUGAUUUUGAAGUGGAAAGUUCUUGGUGAAUCUUUUGAGACAUUUCAGGUCUUGGUUUUAAGUGCGGGAGCUUUACACUUUUCCUAAUUUACAGUCAUUUUAUGCACAGAACAUAAAGGAGAUCUUAAAGCAGGAAUAAUGGGAUGGAGGUGUGGUGAUUGUUGUAUAUUUUUUUGGCUUUGAGGUUUUAUUUGGCUUGAUUGUAUAAAAUCCCUCGUGAAGAAUUCAACAUGAACAUGCAGUUAGGUCAACAGAUACAUACAAAAACAAUACAGUCAAUGGAUUGCUUACUGUGAAAUAAAUGAUUACCAACAG